AUGGUCUUACACUUUAGCAACCUAGCGCGGCACAAAACAUUUGUUCUUCAUUGGUACCGCUAUACCCUUCGAAAUGUUGCCAGGCAGACAUUCUCGUGGCAUCUGAAGGCUCGAGUAAAAGAUAUCACACGAACCACGAUAGUCAAGCAUAAGAGCGACAAGUCUAGUUGGAGCAUAUACAUACUUCUGCGUGAUCUCAAAGCGCUUAACGGGUUUCUUAGAAAUAAGAAAACAGCAGCUGCAUGGCGACUGCUCACUUUAUAUUCCAAAAAGCCUCUAAGAUCCGGGGCGAGCUCUCCUUCGGUAGCACUCGAACACUCUCCUCCAUUACAGGAUCCUGAAACUGUCAGAAACAGUCAUAUUAUUCACUCUUACAUCGUUGAACGACAACAGAAAAACCUUCUUCCCCUAGAAAUUCCGGCUGAGUACAAGACGUUGCUUCUCCUGCCGCUUGCAUUACACGAUCAUGCUUUGAAAAGGCUGCACUUAAUUGAGUCCAAACUGGUUCGGGGUCCGCCCAAAGUUUCUGUUAAUUACACAUCGGCUGGGAAAGCCAGGAUAUGGUUUCUACGAACCGCGGUCAACAAAAACCAAAGACAGUCAAAAGCGUUAGGACAAAUAAUCCGUCGUGAGAAGCGUAAAAACCAGAAAAAUAUUGAUUAUUGGGAGAAAUGUCGUGUGAAUGGAAUUUGGGCAUGGCACGAAGCUGCUUGGGAACAUCUUAUGGAAACGAAUACUAUGUUAACAGAGAGCCCAGCCAAAUAUUUUGACAAUGAACGCAGUAGAAAGCGUGCGGCGAGCGACGGUACUAGUGUUAAAGCCGUAGCGGAGUGGCUUGAUCCCGUCUUCUCCUCCCUUGAUAUGUUGCAAGCCCAGAGCGCCGAACAGGCUGCCUAUUUUGAGCAAUACAAACACAACACGGUUCUACAAGGCCUGCAGCAGUUUUUUGCUCGCAAAAGCGACAAAAUGUACCAAAACCGAAAAAAGCGGUUCGAAAGUUUACUUGAAAACGACCUACCUUUUGUGACGCCCUAUUUCAGUCAGCAAAACCUUGCCACUGUAAUGAAAUCCCACAAGUUUUGA